AUUGGACGAUUGCUCAAGAAAAUAAAAGGACAAGAAGGAAUCUAAACAAGCAUGGGCUUUGCUGUGAUAAUUCUAAUGCUACAUAACAGCAGUCAAACUCUGUAAAAAACAAAAAAGACGGAAAACAAAUUGCCUUCCAUAUUGGAUAUAGUAGAUCAUUAUGGCUACCUCGUUCUUUAGCCAGAUGUCUUUAAAGUCCUGGCGGCUCUUGUGGGGAGUUUCUCCUCGUCUCUCUCAGCUGCUUAGACCAUCUCAGCCGGGGUUGAUUUGUGUUUUGGCGGUCGGCAAGAAGGAUUUGACGGAUUUCCCAGUGUUGGUUGAAGAUGAGCUUGAAGAGCAGUUUGUAAGAGGUUCUGGUCCUGGAGGACAGGCAACCAACAAGACCAGCAACUGUGUGGUGCUCAAACACAUUCCCACUGGAAUUGUGGUGAAGUGUCAUCAGACCAGAUCCGUGGAUAUAAAUCGAAAGCGUGCCCGUGAAAUCAUGAGAGAGAAACUCGAUGUUGCGUACAAAGGAGAGCUCAGUGAAGUUCUUGUAAAGAAGCGGGAGUCUGUGUUAAGGAAGCAAGUCAAAAGAAAAAAAGUCAAUGAGAAUUUGGAAAGAAAAAAACAGUUUAAAGAGGCUCUGGUUGCUGAGAACAAACCUGGAGGAAAUGAGACUCUUUAAAUGUUUUUGUUAUAAAAUAUGUUAAUUUAACUUUCUAAGUAAAUUUUAGGCAAGUUAUAGCUCAUUAGGUUUGAUGAGUGUAUAUACACUCAUCAAACAAUAUACUAAAAUGUUUGUGCAAAAAAAUGUAUGUUUCAAAGAGUAUCCUCAUAUAUAAAGUGCGUACCCAGUCUUUUUAUGUGUUCUGCUUUUUUAUUAAUCUAGUCAUUAAAAUCAUUCUG